AUGCUUCGCCUUAGCCACGGAGUCCGACGAGCAUCCCUUUACGAAGGUCGACUCAAGUACCUUCUCAACAAUGAGUGGAGAGAAUCGGCUGCCACCGAAUACAUUCCCGUCCACAACCCAGCUACCCAGGAAGUCGUCUGCGAAGUUCCAAAAAUGCCCCUUUCGGAGAUGAACGCCGUGGCUGAAUCCUCCGCCGAAGCAUACAAAAGCUGGAAGGAAACCUCCAUCCUCUCAAGACAACAGAUCAUGCUCAAGUACCAGCAGCUCAUCAAGGAGAACAAGACCGAAGUGGCCAAGCUCAUCACCAAAGAACAGGGCAAAACUCUCGCCGAUGCCGAAGUUGCGCUCAUGUGCGGAAACACCUUCAUCAUGAAGCCAUCUGAGCGAGUUCCUGGUGCUUCUACUCUUCUUGCUCAGCUUUUGAUCGACUCUGGUCUUCCAGCUGGCUGCCUGAACACCGUUCACGGCUCUCACGACUGCGUCAACUUCAUCUGCGACAAUGAGCACAUCCGAGCCGUCUCCUUCGUUGGUGGUAACGGCGCUGGUGAACACAUCAACAACCGAGCUGCUGGAGGCAACGGCAAGCGAGUCCAGUCCAACAUGGGUGCCAAGAACCACGGUAUCAUCAUGCCCGAUGCCAACAAGAACGCCACUCUCAACCAGCUCGUCGGUGCCGCUUUUGGAGCUGCUGGUCAGCGAUGCAUGGCCCUACCAGUCGGUAUCUUCGUCGGAGAAGCUCGAGAAUGGAUCCCAGACUUGCUCGAGAUGGCCAAGGAUCUUAAGUGCGGCCCCGGACACGAGGCGGGUGUCGAUGUAGGACCAGUUAUUUCUCCACAGGCGAAGGAAUACAUCGAAGGAGUUAUCACCCAGUCCGUUGCUGACGGCUGCCACCUCCUCCUCGAUGGCCGAAACACUACCGUUCCUGGCUACGAGAAGGGUAACUUCGUCGGCCCAACCAUCAUCACUGGUUGCAAGCCCGGCAUGCGAGCUUACGAGGAAGAGAUCUUCGGCCCCGUUUUCUGCACCGUCGAAGCCGAAACUCUUGACGAAGCCAUCGCCCUUGUUAACAGCAACCAGUGGGGUAAUGGUACCGCCAUCUUCACCAACAACGGUGCCACAGCUCGAAAGUUCCAGCAUGAGAUUCAGGCUGGACAGGUCGGAAUCAAUGUCCCAAUUCCAGUUCCUCUUCCAAUGUUCUCCUUCACCGGUAACAAAAAAUCUUACGUCGGCUCUGGUCACAACUUCUACGGCAAGGCCGGUGUCCAUUUCUACACCCAGCUCAAGACCAUCACCGAACUCUGGAGAGCCGAAGAUGCCACCGAGCUCAAGGCUGAAGUCGCCAUGCCUACAAUGAAGACAGUCACGGGCGUCCCUCAGCGAGUCCUCUCCGUCUCGCAGCGAGUCAAGGGCCCUGGCGGUGAGUUCCACGAGGGAGACGACGCUGUCCCUCGACAAUUCAUCGAAGCUGCCUACAUCCUUUCGGAAUCGCAACGGCCUUCUCCCUUUGUCCUCACCGAAACUGACCUUACUCCUGAUGUCAUCGCUGAGAAAGCCAAGAAAUACGAUAUUCUUCCUGAGGAUUACGUUCCCAUGUCCAUCACCUACGGUGGCGCUUACGGUGGUGACUACCCCACCGUCGCCGAAGAGGCCUAUCACAACAAAGACUUUUACUACGAGUGGGAUAUCCAGAAACACAAGCGAAACUUUGGUGAAAUCAUCGGUAUGCACGACUGGACUCACUUCCACAGAUUCCACCGAAUUUACGAUGGUCACCUUCACAUCUACGGUUUCUGGAAAUACAAGCAGGGAUGGAUUCUCUACCUUGAAAUGGUUCUUUUCUGGCUUUACGGAUACAUUAUCCACUCCUGGUUCAACAACAGAAUUGGCAUCACUACUUCUUAUGAUAAGCAUCAAGCUUCUAUGAACGAGUAUGGAGAUUACAAAAACCGAGCGUGGUCCAACACUGAGCUCGAAUUCCUCGAAGUCUGGCAACAAAUGCAGCAGGCCAAGGAAGGUCAGGCCCCUGCCCGACACCGAGCUGGUCCUACUGGUGAAUCGCCCAUCCUGUCCGAAGCCUGUGACACUUACAUGACCCCUGCCGGCCCAAUGUCCUUCAAGAUGGGACACCACAUGCCAAACACCAACAGUCUUAUCGUCGUGAACGAGCCUCAUCCCAGCCACGGUCACGGAACUGAAAUGGCUGAUAUGCUUUCGACCGAAGUCGCAUAA